AUGGCCUCCCUGGCUCAGACCCUGGCACAGCUGGCAUUGGCCAUGGUCACCACGGCUGUCGAUGUGAUCCCCCUGGACAUGGCCCCGGACUCCUUUGAUGACCAGUACCGAGGCUGUGGCCCUGCCAUGAAGGCAGCAUUGCUGACCCUAAGCUGGUCCGAGUUCAAGCAGAACAAGGAGUUUGAUGAGGUUUGGGGAAAGGCUAUGGCCAUGUGGCAGAGUCAGGGGCCCCCUGAGUCCCCGCUGUCCCCAGACCAGGCCACCGCCAUCAUGGCCUUCACAAUGACUGACCCCAGAAUAUUCAAUGAUGUCGUGCGCGUGGUUGGGCAUUCCCCACAGGAAUACCGGGACAACUUCCACUUCAAAACACUGCAUUUCCUGCUGACGGAUGCCCUGGCCACUCUGAGGGAUGCUCAGAAAGGGCAGUGUCGGGACACGUUCCUGAAGGUGUGUGGCACCCGGUUUGAGACACAGCCUGGUGAAACCAUCCGGUUUGGUCAUUUCAUGCCGGUGUUCCUGAGCAAACAAAUUGGCGAGUGCCCCAGUGAGACAAUGCUUGAGCUGCGCACAUGUCAUGGUGUGGAAAUCACAGUUUUCAGCGAAUAUCCAGAACCUGAAAUCGUGUUGAUCCCACCCUUUGAGACCUUCAAGGUCACCCAAUACACUUUGAAAGGGGACAAGACACAGAUCCAGCUCCAGUCCAGCGGGACCUACAGCAAAUACAACUGCGAGUGGCUGGGAGGUGGGAGUGUCCAGAGCGCCCCCUUCCACGUCGGAGGACUCCUGCUGGCCUCCAUGGCCCUGGCAGUGGCCACUGGAAUCCUCUGA